AUGGCGUUUCGUAAGAAGAGCACCAAGAACCCCCCAGUCCUGAGCCACGAAUUCAUCCUGCAGAAUCAUGCGGACCUCGUCGCCUGUGUGGGGAUGUUCUUCGUGCUGGGGCUUAUGUUCGAGGGAACGGCCGAAGCAUCUAUCGUUUUUAUUACUCUUCAGCACAGUGUUACCUUUCCUGCAGCAGAAGAGCGAGCCACAGAAUCAAAGUUCCUUUACUAUUAUGGCAUCAAAGAUUUGGCCACGGUUUUCUUCUACAUGCUAGUGGCAAUCAUCAUUCACGCCACAAUUCAGGAGUAUGUGUUGGAUAAAAUUAACAGGCGAAUGCAGUUCCCCAAAGCGAAACAAAGCAAAUUUAACGAAUCUGGCCAGUUUAGUGUAUUCUACCUGGUUUCUUGUAUUUGGGGCACAUUCAUUCUAAUUUCUGAAAACUGUCUGUCAGACCCAACUCUCUUAUGGAGGGCUCAUCCCCAUAAUAUGAUGACCUUCCAAAUGAAGUUUUUCUACAUAUCACAGUUGGCUUACUGGUUUCAUGCCUUUCCUGAACUCUAUUUUCAGAGAAUCAAAAAGCAAGAUAUCCCUCGUCAACUUGUCUACAUUGGCCUUCACCUCUUUCACAUCGCUGGAGCUUACCUCUUGUACUUGAAUCAUCUGGGACUUGUUCUUUUGAUGAUGCACUACUUUGUUGAGUUACUUUCUCACAUUUGUGACCUGUUUUAUUUUAGUGAUGAAAAGUACCAGAAAGAGUUUUCACUGUGGGCAAUUGUGUUUAUUUUGGGUCGACUUGUGACUUUAAUUGUGUCUGUGGUGACUGUUGGCUUUCACCUGGCCGAAGGGCAGAAUCGGAAUCCAGAUGCUAUUGGUGGAAAUGUAAAUGUGUUGGCAGCUAAAAUUGCUGUUCUUUCAUCCAGUUGCACCAUCCAAGCGUACAUAACAUGGAAUUUAUUUAAUGUCCAGCUUCAGAGGUGGAUGGAGGAAGACACUACUCUUCAGGCCCCCGUUGUGAAGAAGAAACGGACUAAAGGGAGAUCUUCUAGAAAAGGAACAGAAAAUGGUGUAGCAACUUCAAAUAGAGUAGACUCUCCGCAUAAAAGGAAAGAGAAAUCUUCAUAA